UGUCAUUUCAAGUUUUGUCCACACAAGCCAGCCAGUAGCCAUUUUUCUCUCCACCAUCACACUGCAAACUGCCAAGUCCGGAGUCGGAAGCUUUUCAUUCUGCAGUGCGCAGAGCUAGCAAGGGCACGAGCUUUUCUUUGCCUGUUCACUGUUUGCUUGCUGCUUCGCCAUUUGAAGAGUAAUUCAUUCCAGCUGGAUAUGGCUUCCGUUAUUGCGAGCUUGCCUCCUCUACCACCAUUGAUAGUCCGUGGAAGGCAGAGCACUUUCGUAGCUCCCCAACCUCUCCCAGUUUCUCAAUUGAACGGGAAGCAUAACCGCGCUGCUGUGGUUUCAAAAGCCACCGGAGAAAGUUCUGAUUCAUCAACCUCCCUCAAUAUUGCUAAGAGCGUACAGAGUGCCUGGGAUAAGUCUGAAGAUCGGGUGGCUAUCAUUGGUCUGGGUUUUGCAGCUGUUGUAGCACUUUGGGCAUCAGCUAGUCUCAUAGCAGCUAUUGACAAGCUGCCAGUAUUCCCAAGUCUAUUGGAACUUGUUGGCAUACUUUAUUCAACUUGGUUUGUGUAUCGGUAUCUUCUAUUCAAACCCAACCGAGAAGAACUAGUCGAGAUCAUCAACAAGUCGGUGUCAGAUAUAUUAGGGCAGUGAUCAUGCUGCCAAAAUGAGUGAAGUGUGAUGUAAUGAAAGAUGAGUAUAUGUCCCUAUUUGUUCAAAGAUAUCAAUAUUGGUUGGCAUGACAGUGAUGUCAAGGCGGUAACAUAUUCUCUUUGAUUCUGCGUGAAUUAGAACUUUGAGCUGAGCCUUCUCUAGAAAUCUCUCUGGUUCUUGACUUCUGAGUAGGGAUGUCAAAAAUGUCUACACCUCUGGAUAUCCGCUCGAAACUAACUUAAUUGGGUAGGGUAAAAUCCGAACACGAAGGAUUUUCGGUGGAUAUGGGUAAAACACUAAUUUGAAAAUUGCGAGUAAUAAAUAGACAUGAUUUUCUCACUAUCCAACUCAAAAUUGUUUCGAUUAUGUUUAUGUGCAUGUAAUUUAUCUAAAAA